AUGGCUCCCAAAUCCAUAAACACCAACGAUGAUCGUGAAGUGAAGAUAAAGCAGAUUCUUGGCAACAUCGGUCAAAAUUUUGCAGAAUUGGCCUAUUUGAUUCUUCAGGGCAUGGACGUGCUUUCUGUCAAUCAAGCAAAUUCUUCUAGUCCGGCUGGCGAAACCGUCGCCAAAAAGAAGAGAAAGAGAUUCCCUGACGAGCCUAUUCCACCUCGUUCUUCUUUCUUUCAUUAUAUGGAAGCAGCCCGUAAGAAAGAUAAAACCGAUAAUAAGAGCAAUGCUAUCGCACAAUCCAAACAAUUUGGUGAACAGUGGCAGAAUAUGUCUGAUAAAGAGAAAAAGCAUUAUAUCGAUAUAGCUGCAAAAGACCGUGAAAGAUAUGAUAAGGAAAUUGAGGCUUAUGUCAAGAAGCACCCUGAACAUGCCGAACUGGUUCAAGACACCAGAAAGCACAGAAGUAAGCAAGUUAGAGAAUCUACUCCUAGCUCCCCUAUCAAGGAGGACGCUUCGCCCUCGAAGAAGGCUAGAAACGAGCCUAGCUCUCCAUCUAAAAAAAAGACAAAGACUCUUCCUGAACCCAAACAAAAGAGUGCGCUCAAGAUGUCCCCUGUGAAAAAGGAAAAAGAGAUGAAGGCUCUUACUAAAAAGUCCAAAAAAACAAAGCAAGUGACUCCUGAUGACACAUCCUCUACCUCUUCAGAUGACGAUUCUGAAGUUGGAAGUGAUAGCGAUAGCGUAACCAAUCCUAGUAGCGACUCCGAUGAUCCUUCUGACGAUUCCUCUGGCGAUUCCCCUGAUGAUUCCUCCGAUGAUUCCUCUGACGAGUCUUCUGACGAGUCCUCUGAUUAA